CCAAACCCUCCCCAGGCCCCCUAAACCCACCCAAGAGGCCUGACACUGGCUCCAGGGCCCCCAAGCCCAUUCCAGGGGGCUGACACCUGCUCCAAGACCUCUCAAGCUCACCCCAGAAGUCUGCCCUCCUCUCCAGGACCCCCAAGCCCACCCCAGGGGUCUGCUCUCCUCUCCAGGACCCCCCAAGCCCACCCCAGGGGUCUGUCCUCCUCUCCAGGACUCCCCAAGCCCACAUCGGGGUCUGCCCCCGGCUCCAGCACCCCCAGGACCUACCCCUCACUCCAGGCCCCCACAAGCCCACCCCAGGGGUCUGCCCCCCAACUCCAGGGCCCCCAAGCCCUUUCUAGGGGCUGCCCCCGACUGGCGCAAGCUCUCCCCAGGGGCUACCCGUCACUCCGGGCCCCCUCACAACCCCACCCCAGGGGUCUGGCCCCCAAACCCUUAUUAGAGGCUGCCCCCCACCCCACAAAAGCCCUUCCCCGGGGCCGCCCCCCGCCUCGGCCAUGGACGUGGUGUUCCUGGUGGUGAACGGCGUGGGCCUGGCCCUGGACGUGCUGAGCUUCCUGCUGGACCUCAACUUCUUCCUGGUGUCGUGGCUGCUGACCGCCGCGGUCUGGCUGGUCGCCUUCGUCUACAACCUGCCGGGGUCUCUGCUGGCCGUGCUGCUGCUGUGCGGCCGUGGGAUGCUGCUCUCCUUGGCCGCCCUGGGCGAGGCCCUGGGCCGCCCGGCCCUGGGGGCCCUGCAGGCUGCGGGGGCCCUGGUGCGGGGCUGCUGCGGCUCGGGGCUGGAGGGGCUGAAGGUGGUGGGGCACCUGGCGUCGCACGUGGGCCUGCGCGGGCGGGAGGUGGUCUGCCGGGGGCUCUGGGGCGUGCUCAGCUCGGGCCAGGCCCUGCUGCGCCAGGCCUGCGACGUCUGCACCAUCGCCACGAGCCUGGCCGCCUACGUGGUCAACAGCCUGGUCAACGUGUGCCUCAUCGGCACCCAGAACCUGUUCUCGCUGGCCCUGGCCCUCUGGGACUCCGUCGUGGGGCCCCUGUGGAGGGUCACGGACCUCCUGGCGGCCUUCCUCUCGCACGCGUCCAGCAGCGCCGUGGCCACGGCCAUCCUGCUCUGGACCCCCUGCCAGCUGGUGCUGGAGCUGCUGUCCUCCGCGGCCCGCCUCCUCGCCGCCUUCGUCCUGGUCAACCUGUCGGACCUGGCCGUGCUGGCCUGCGUGUUGGCCCUGACCCUCGCCGUCCUGCACCCGGGCCUCGCCCUGGGCCUGGCGAUGCGGGCGGCCGCCCUCGUCCGCGCCCUACCCCCUUGCCCCCGGCUGUGGGGGGAUGUGGCCCGGCUCCGCCGCCUGCUCCUGGGCUCAGAGGCCUGGCACCGGGUCCGCAGCCGCGGCCUCCAGCUGGCCCACUGGCCCGGCGGGGACGGGGCCCGGCGGGAGGCCCCGGGGGCCCCGCCGGGAGGCCCCAGGAGGGGACCCCCCGCCGAGCCGGCCCCCGGCCCCCCGCCCGGGGUCCCGCCGCCGGAGGAAGGGGGCCGGGGGCGCUUGAACGAAGAGGAGCACGACCCCUGGAAGCUGCUGAAGGAGCAGGAGGAGCGCAAGAAGUGCGUCAUCUGCCAGGACCGCACCAAGACGGUGCUGCUGCUGCCCUGCCGCCACCUCUGCCUGUGCCAGGCCUGCACCGAGAUCCUGCUGGGCCAGCCCGUCUACCAGCGCAACUGCCCCCUGUGCCGCCAGGGCAUCCUGCAGACUCUCAACGUCUACCUCUGAGGCCCCGGCCGGCCCCCCCGCCGGGCCCUCCGGACUCGCAACGCACAUUCCCGGCGACCGCUUCCCCGGCGAAGCCGCGGGGACCAAGAGGCAGGGAUUCCGCUGCCCAGAUAAGGCGGGCUUCGGGCUGGCGCCGGCCAGAUGCCGCCUGGGCCUGGGUCUGCGGGCGGGGGGCCCCCCGGGACGGCGAUAGAGACCGCAGCU